AUGAAAAAUUGCGUAUCCUCCGUGAUGAUGAAAGCAAGUCAUCAUCUCGAAAGAGGCUUGACUGGGAAGAAUAAUUCAAUCGGUUUGAAAAUGAUGAGCAAUUAUGUUACCAGUUCCUUUCUCUCAUCGUCAUCAUGUAACUCUGUUCCAAGAAGAUUUUCGACAUGCUUUUUAAAUUUCGCUUUUGAGGAGAGAUUACAGCACUGGACCGAGUUGAUGAAAAAUCAAAGCCAAGUACAAUCUCUCAAACCCGAGAAUUUCCCUAUUGGAAGAAAUGAAAAUUUAGAGCUACGAUUUGGUGAUAAGGUGAAAACCAUCACUGUUACAAUUGAUACAGAUUUCCUCAAAAAGACUCCACUUCAGCUGGCAUCAGAGUUGUUCUUUAAGAAUGAAGUUAAUGAAUUUGUUGUUUGCAAAGUGAAUGACCAAAUUACGGAUCUAAAUACUACUUUUCAUGAAAUUAAUGAAACAAUCAAAGAACCAAACAAAACCAUUCAAUAUUUCACUUUUGAAGACCCCGAGGGAAAGGAAGUGUUUUGGCAUUCAUCUGCACAUAUCCUUGGAUGCGCUUUAGAAAGAAAAUUCGGAAAUGCUUUGAAGCUCUGUGAUGGGCCAGCUUUAAUUUCCAAAGAUGCCAACGGUGCUCAACAAUUGUUAAAUGGAGGAUUUUUCUACGAAGGAUAUAUUGAAAAUAACCAAAGAAUUGCGACUGAACAGCUUGAAGAGCUUGAAAAGUACAUGCAAGACGUUGUGAAAGAAAAGUACCCAUUUCAAAGAUUACGCAUCAACAAAGAAAUUGCAAGAGAGAUUUUCAAAUACAACCCUUUCAAAUUAGACAUUAUAGACAAAAUUCCAGACAAUGAUCCUGUUACUCUCUACAAAUGUGGAGAAUUGGUGGAUUUGUGUAGAGGCCCACAUUUGCCAAACACCUCUUUCAUUAAAGCUUUCAAGCUCACCAAGCUGAGCGGGGCAUAUUGGAAAGGAGACGAAAAACAACCACUACUACAACGUGUAUAUGGUAUUUCAUUCCCAAAAUCAAAACAAUUAGAAGAAUGGCAGAAUAACAUUGAGGAAGCUCUGAAAAGAGAUCACAGAACAAUUGCAAAGAAACAAGAUUUAUUCUUCUUCCAUGAGACAAGUCCAGGUACACCAUUCUUUUUACCACAUGGAACAAGAAUGUUUAACAAACUCGUUGAAUUUAUUAGAAAGCAAUACAAAAAAAGAGGUUAUGACGAGGUCAUUACUCCUCAAAUGUUUCAAAAGGAACUAUGGAUUACAUCUGGACACUGGGAACAUUACAAAGAAGACAUGUUUACAGUUAUUGAAGGUACAGCGAGUCAACAAAAAGAAGAAACAAUUGGUAUCAAACCAAUGAACUGUCCUGCUCACUGCUUAAUGUUUGACAGUAAGACCAGAUCAUACAAAGAGUUACCUCUUCGAUUAGCUGAUUUUAGUCCACUUCAUAGAAAUGAGCCACGUGGUUCUUUGACUGGCUUAACUCGAGUGAGAAGAUUCCAUCAAGAUGAUUCGCAUAUAUUUUGUGCUCCUGAACAAGUUAAAACUGAAAUUGAAAAUUGUUUGGAAUUUGUGAAAUUUGUUUACAGUGAUAUAUUUGGUUUUAAUUUGAAGUUUAACUUAUCUACAAGGCCUCAGAAAUUUGUUGGUGACAUUGAAAAAUGGAAUAAGGCAGAAGAAUCCCUAAAAGAAUGUCUCAAGGGUUAUAAUUGGCGACUCAAUGAAGGUGAUGGAGCGUUUUAUGGACCUAAAAUCGAUAUUCAAAUCGAGGAUAGCUUGCAACGAUUACAUCAAUGUGCUACCAUUCAAUUGGAUUUCCAACUCCCAAUUCGCUUUAAUUUGAAAUAUCAAGGUGACAAUGAUCAAUUACAUACUCCUGUUAUCAUUCAUAGAGCCAUACUUGGAAGCAUUGAAAGAUUUAUUGCUCUACUGACAGAACAUUUGGGCGGAAAAUGGCCAUUUUGGCUCAAUCCAAGACAAUGCUUUAUCUGUCCUGUUGCUUCUGACAAAGACGAACUGGUUCAAUAUUGCCAUCAAGUCAAAGAGGAAAUUUUCUCGAGAGCUGAACAACGUGGCGUGUAUUCCAAUUAUUACGUCGAUGUGGAUGUCUCUGACAAAACCAUGAAAAAGAAGAUUAGAGAAGCUCAAUUACUUCAAUAUAACUUUAUUUUGGUUCUUGGAGAAAAAGAGAUGAAAGAGAAGACUGUCAGUGUUCGAAAACGUGAUGGCACGCUUUUAAGUUCCAUGACGCUCGAUCAAUUAUUGGACAUGUGGGAACAUUUAAUGAAGACUUAUCAGUAA